AUGAGAGUCGUUCGUUCUUUAUAUCUCUUUUUUUUUCUGACUGGAAUAACCAAUGCUUAUUCACCUUCUGCACAAAUAGAGGAACCAUCUACUGCGUUUUACCCACGCGGAGCUUUGGAUUGGGAUACACUAAAUAGAGCUUCAACACCCAAAUUUGCUGUCAAUACUCCUACUUCCAUACCAAAGGCUUGUGAACCACCAAUCACUGAUGGAGUCAAUGGUUUCUAUGCGAUGUUUUACCCAUACAAUUAUGAUGACACCAAUAGCUUGUACAAUAUCAAAUUUAUGACUAAUGGGUACAAGAAUUUAGAAAGCAAUUUUGAAGCUGACGAAGUAGUUGAUUUCGAAUUGAAGGUGGAACAGGCGUCCAGCAAUACAGCUACCAAUGAGAUAUAUGGAGUAACCGUUAAUCAAAACUUUUUGGUUGAACUUACAGGACAUUUCAUACCUCCAGAAUCCGCCGACUAUACCUUCACACUUGCAGCUCACAGUGGGGCUAUACUACAAAUUGGAGCAGGUGUGGCUUUCCCUUGCUGUGAUUCCACCGGGGAUAGUAGUGAAAGUCUGGACAGCACCAUGUUUGUUACGUCAGACGAUGGCAAGGACAGCGGCCCUGAAACUAGAGUGUAUGCUCUCAAGAAGGGCCUUUAUUACCCAAUCAAGAUGGUUUACGUAAAUGUGAAUGGGCCAAUACUGUUUUCAGUAUCUGUUAGCACUCCAAGCACUCCAGAGCUUGCACUUGCCAAGUACAUCUAUAAUUUUGACAAUGAUGAACAAUGUUCAGGAUUUAAGAUAACUUUGACCACUCCAUGGUCCGGCAGCAUGACGUCUACAACCACCAUCACCCCAUCGAAUUCAGAUGGUACUACCAUAGUAGAAGUAUUAACUCCUACCAAAAACCCAUCUUCUACUUUCCCUGGAACUUCUUCCUCCACCCUAGAGACUUCAUCUACAGUUUCCAAAACAUCUUCCUCCAUACCAGAAUUAUCAUCUUCAAUUCCAGAGACAUAUUCGACCUCGGCUUAUUUGUCUUCUUCUUUGGUUGAAUCCUCAUCUUUGUCGAUCGAAACUUCGUCCACACCAGUUUCAUCGUCAUUAGAUCCAGCUAGUACUUCAUUCGACUCAUCAGACUCAUUCUCGCAAGAGACAGUGACCAUCCCAUCAACUACAUUAAUUACUGUCACCACAUGCUCGGAUAUCAAUUGCACUAUAAUUACCGUUACUACGGGGCAAACGGUGGUAACAACCACAAUCGAUAAUACUGUCACGUCUUAUACCACGUAUUGCACACCCCCAAGAGAAGUUCCAAUUGAAUCAAGCGAGAAAACAAUCCCAUCUUCCAAAUUAACGUCUUGCAAUCGAGAACAAUGUAUAUUCCUAUCAACUGCAACCAAGAGUGUUGUAACUAGCUUAGACUGUCCCAAAGGGAAAUGUACUGGUACUAUUUUGACGAUUACCAAGACUAUUCCCACCACUACUUCAUCCUGCGGUAAAGGGUUAUGUACAGAGAGCCUUAUUAGUACUCUCGAUGAGAAUGUUCCAUUAAUGUCACCAGUAAAGUCUGAUUCUUUUAGUUGUGCUAUAACAACUCAAAAAUUGCCCACAGAUUCUAGCACAGCUGUCCAUUCUAUUCCGGUUUUAUCAACAGGUGGCUCAAGGAAGCUAAUGAUAUCAUUCACGAAUAUUUUAAUGACUUACUUGGUAUACGUAGCUAUUUGAUAGCCACUUGUCUGGCCACGAUAAACAAGAUGUGGCUCCAUGAGUCACCUCUUUCCUUCUUUGAAAGGCGAGGCUCGAAUCCUUUAAAAUUCUUUCUCCUUUUUAUAUCUAAAUAAGAUCAAUACUACUUCCUUCAACAUAA